GUUGACUUUGCUGCUUCUUUCUUUGCCUGCUUUUAGUCAAGACCUACUCCCACCCACCCACGCACAGCGCACCCAAGCCAGUACUCGUCAUGUCCGAAUACUGGAAAUCGACACCAAAAUACUGGUGCAAGCACUGUCAAGUCUACGUCCGCGACACCAAGCUCGAGCGCAGUAACCAUGAGGCAACAGGCAAGCACCAAGGCGCCCUCAAGCGCUUUCUGCGAGACCUGCAUCGCGGCCACGACAAGGACGAGAAAGAGAAAGAGCGAGCCAAGCGUGAGAUUGAACGACUGAAUGGCGUCGUCGGCUCAAGUAGCAACAGCGGCAGUGCCGGUCCCAGCUCUAGCACACCGCCAGGCGCACCAAAACCCUCGUCGUCAUCGUCGCAACCUCCUGCUCGCACCACCGAAGCCCAAAGGCAGAAGCAAUGGGAGCAGCUCGCCGACAUGGGCAUCGACGUCCCAACAGAGCUUCGCGGCAAUAUGGCCAUGGCCAGCGAGUGGCAUGUGACUACCACUAGAGUCAUCGACGACACGCCCAAAACCGAUGAGAACGGCAACAUUAAAGUCGAAGGAGUUGCAACCGGAGUGCGCAAGCGCGUCAGACGUGACGGCGAAGAAGAGGAAGAGGAGGCAGUGCAAAGUCUCUUCAAGAAGCCCAGGAAAUGGGGUCGCGACACCAAACAAGCCCCCGAGGAUGAUGCCGAUCUAGAUGCGUUGCUCAGUGGCACUUUGGCACCAGUCAAGAAUGAAGCAGCCCAAGACAGCACCGCAAAACAUGUGAAAAGCGAGCAAGAUCAUCCAUCGUUGAAGAAAGAGCCGUCAGACGAUGAUCAGGGCAUACCAGACACCGUGAAGCCCGAGGUCGAAAGCGGCGAGACGGCAGCAGUAAAGACAGAGCAGGCUUCGGAAGGCGGCGUUGACGCACCGAGUGUGGUUUUCAAGAAACGGAAGCCCAAGAAUGUACGUCAGAAGUGAUCAGAGAAUGGCUUGCGUUUGCUGGAGAUACCUUUGGUCCCAUUUGCGUUGGGACAACUACCCAGUAUCUAGUUGCGGGAUCGUACUCCAUAAUUACCUCCUUGUCCAUCAUUUCGACGUCAACAACAACCUGUCGCCACAAGUUGACUUCAUAUGACCCUGUCAUCGCCCCGGGGGUCACUACGGCACACGAAUAUCGUGCUAUGG